AUCGAUGCGGGUGUCCCUGCCCUUUUUUCCAGAGCGAAUGUCUGCAUUGGUUCCAAAUGUCAGUGCGGAUGACACAAAACCACAACAACAGGGAGUUUGUAUGAGUUCAAGUUUCGUUUCUCAACAUUUAUCAUGGAGGGAAAUGAUCAACAACAUUACAUAUCACCAUAACACUGAUUGUGGAGACCAUGUCUUGGUAGGACAAAUUCAACGGUUGAUGAGCCUACACUGCGGUGGCAGCAACGUGACGCUCUUCCUUACGUUUGACUUUUCAUCGUCACAUAGUGUGGUUUCACAUGAUUGUGGGAAGUGUGCAACUCGGCCACACUACGGCUCUAACAACGCUCUUGUGUGUUUUGUUGUGCUGCGCUGCAUGUUAUCAUGAUGGUGAAAGUACACUUGCUCCCUCUCUUCUUACUCCUUGCAUCCUUAACAGGCGUGUGUCCCUGGAGAACCACAGAACCAUAUUAUGUCAAGGCAGGUGAGAUGGUGGCGCUGUACUGCCCUCAUGACAGAGGUUCUAGUCAUGGUGAUGCCAAAGUGAUCUGGACCAGUUACACCACCCAGGAGAUGGACCUGACCGACAUGUCCUCAGCUGACCAGAGGCAGAUGGGGGUGCUGGUUCAUGGGAGGAGCCUCGUGAUUCUCAGUGCUUCUGUCAACCAUCAGGGGAAUUACUCAUGCUCUCUGGGGAACGCCAGCGGGCAGUGGUUCAGGCUGAUAGUUUACACAGCACAGAGAGAGAAGAGUUCCCAAUACAAUCAAACAUGUCACACAGGAGAGGCCUGCCCAUUGAAAUGUCCCGAAGUAAACGUACCUCCUGUAAACAUCACAGAUAUUACCAGCAAAGGCAUAAUAUGGCACAAGGAGGGCGAGUCUUUGCCAAAAGGCGGCUACUUCUCGAAGGCGGAGGUGAAUGAUCACGGUGUCUACACCUGUACCAGACCUCACCUGUAUUAUAGUCAAAUAUAUAACAUGACCUUUACAGUGGCUCUUGAAGUCAAACCAAAGGAAAAACCAGGGAAAGUUCCAGUGAUCACUUCACCACACACAAGUGAUGUAUAUUAUGUAGAUUUGGGUGCAACAGUGGUGAUUGAUUGUGAAGCUGUUAUGUAUUCAGACCUUGACGAGUUGUUAUGGUUAGACGGGAAAUCAAUGGUGAAAAGGAACAACAGCUUUCCUGUUUUCUACAAUUACACGUGUGAAGAUAAGGAUGGAAAAAUAAAGAUGACGGCAUCUCUAGUCUUCAAAAGCGUGUCAGAGGAAGAUUUAUCAAAAAGUUACACCUGUAGUCUGGACUCUGUAUCUGUACCCUCAAACGUCACCAUCACCUUGGCCCAAAAACGCAUACCUCGUCCUUGUUACAUUCCCCUGGCUCUCAGCAUUGUCUGCGUUAUGGUGGUGAUGGUUUUGACAGUCGUUAUCUAUGUGAGGUUCACAAUCAACAUCACUCUUUUCCUAAGAGACACUCUUGGCUGCCAUAGCAGCACCUCAGAUGGAAAGAGCUAUGAUGCCUUUUUGAUGUGUUACAAAAGCGACACAGACGCAGGACUAAAUGAAGAUGACAGAAAAUGUCUGGAGAGUGUUUUGGAAGAGAGGUUUGGGUACAGUCUCUGUCUUUAUGAUCGUGACGUCUUACCAGGGAAAGCUGCAGCGGAGGCAGUGCUGGACUGCAUAGAGCAGAGUCGGACGGUGGUCUUGGUUCCCUCCUCCCCAGAUCCUGGUCCAGGAUCUGGCCUGCUGAGCGCCAUCCAUGCAGCCCUUGUGGAGCGGCAGACUCGCUUGGUUUUCAUCCAAACUGAGACAACAGAAGCGUCGAGAUCUGGUUCGUUACCAGAGGCCUUGCAGCUUCUUGGCGAGGCCGGAGAUUGUGUCACGUGGAAGGGCAUGAGCUCCAUGCCGCAUUCUUCCUCCUUCUGGAAGCAGCUACGCUAUCACCUACCGGCCCCGCAGCAGGCAUCCAAAAUAAAGCUUUUACCUUAGACAGUCUAG